CAACUCCCGAAAUUCCAUAUCAUCUUUACAUUUCAUUUUGAGAAAGCUACUGAUUCCACCAGUUUUACUUUAAUGGGUUCUUCACCAGCCUCGCAUUCUAUUCCAAUAUUGAAUACUCUUUCUAAUACUAUCAUUCCUGUAAAGCUCCAAGAAAACAAUUUUCUUGUUUGGAAGUCUCUUGUUCGACCAGUCUUAGAUGAAUACGAAGUGCUUGGGUUUGUUGAUGGAUCUUACAGAACUCCAAACCAAUUCUUAAACGACGAAAGUCCGGGUUCUCAAACGGUAAAUCCAGAUUAUGUUGAAUGGCAAGAUGAGGAUCAAAGGUUGUUACUUUGGCUUCACUCAACCAUUUCUGAGUCCGUAUUAUCAUCAUACGUUGUUGCAGGUUUGCCUACAUCCCGAUCUCUAUGGAAUUAUCUUGAAGAGCAAUUCGGAGCAGAUGCAUCUAGGACUACUCCUGCUUGUCAAGUUUGCAUCAAAUUUGGACUCUAUUUAGCCGUCCCUGUUGUACUUAUAUUGAUGCUCUUCAUCAGUUUCAUCAUUCCGGACCCAAAAAUACCGAACUACACUGUUACUAGUAUCUCUAUCAAAGGUAUCAAUCUCACGUCAGAUGAUCUAAUUGUGUCACCAGAAAUCAAUAUCUCAAUUAACGCGACUAACCCGAAAGGAGCACCCGGAAGUUAUUAUUCUGAAAAAGGAUUUUCGGUAUCCAUAUACUAUUACUCUGACACCCUUCUUUGUUCAUCGGAUAAUUUAGUGCCGAUUUUCCACCAGCAACCAGCAGAAAAUGUAACGACUAUUGAGACGGUGUUAACGGGUUCACGGGUAAAGCUAACGCCUAUCAUCCGUGAUUCGUUAUUGGAUCGCCAAAGUAAAGGGAUGACUCCUCUUGUGAUUUAUAUGUGGAUAUCCUAUGGAGUUAAGAAUGAAGAUCACCCAUUUGUUUCAAUGUCAGCUUAUAAGAUACGUUGCAAAGUGACGGUUGAUAAAUUAGCCGUGGAUGCUCAAAUUGUUUCCAAUGUGUGCAGAACUGUUAAGAAGUCUACGAGGACUAGUGCCUUAUAUGAUCAAGGGAUUCAAGUACUUUCCUAGAAUUAGCUUUCUAGAGGGAAGCUUCGGGUCUUUACAGAAUAAUCCGAAGAAUGAAAUUAAAAUCUCACUGUAUAUAUCAGCUUCCUGCGUCUGCAUGAUGGGCAUGGUAUGCCCGUCCGACCAACAAUCAAAGAUUUUUUGUGCAUUUUCUUGGACUAUCUAGA